AACAGAGAUGGCCAGCAGAAAAGCAGUGACCCGUGGUAAAGCCGCAGCAAAACGUGCCCAACGAGGUUCUUCCAAUGUCUUCUCAAUGUUUGAGCAAUCACAGAUCCAAGAAUUUAAAGAGGCCUUCAGUUGCAUAGACCAAAACCGUGACGGCAUAAUAAGCAAGUCUGACCUUAAAGAGACUUAUAUGCAGCUGGGAAAGAUGACUGUGAAUGAGGAUGAGUUGGAUGAAAUGCUGAAGGAAGGAAAAGGACCCAUCAACUUUACUGUAUUUCUGACUUUAUUUGGAGAGAAGCUCAAUGGAACGGACCCAGAAGACUCUAUACUCGGUGCGUUCAAACUUCUAGACCCCAAUGGAACUGGAAACAUCCAUAAGGAUGAGUUUAAACACUUCCUGAUGACACAAGCGGAUAAGUUUACAGCAGAUGAGGUAGAACAGAUGUUUGCCGUGACCCCCAUUGAUGUGGCUGGGAAUAUCGACUACAAGUCACUGUGUUACAUCAUCACACAUGGAGACGAGAAGGAGGAAUCCUGAACGUCCCCUAAAUAUGAUUGGGCAAUUUUAUCCUCAAUAAAAUGUUUAUUUUCUACA